GUUUGAAUCUGGAAGCGCAGCGGCCAAGAUAUACAUCUUUUUACCCCAAAAAUGGAUUUACUAAGUGCGGAGGAAUGCCUUCUGAUAGCUCAGAGAACACUUUCAGUUGUCGAAAAACACAAUGUGAUACUUGUAAGCUCACAGGUGGAUGAUGGCCCUGGAGAUCUCAUGGGAUAUAUGGGAGAGUACUAUAAAUUGCACUUGGAAGUGAAGGUUAUAGGCGACAAGAAGAAAUAUUUCCUAAGCUAUUUCAUAAAAAGCUUACCACGCAAAAAUAUGCCGCAAAGAGAAGAAUGCGAACGCAAGGGAGUUUUUCAAAAGGAGUCCGCUUUAUACUGCCAGUUAUUGCCUAAGAUUCAGAAAUAUGCCACCAAGAAGCUUUUUCCCAAAUGUUACCACAGUCGGAAUGAUAUCCUAGUGUUGGAAGAUCUAACCCAGGACUACAGACAUCUUAAAGCCAAUGAAGUCUACACCUUAGAUCAUUAUAAACUGGUCUUGGAACACCUCUCUGAACUCCAUGCAGCUAGUAUUGCUUGGGAAGAAAAAGAAAAUGUAAAUAUUUACGAAAGCUACAAAAACGUGCUUAUCGAGUUACAUUUGGAUGCAAAGAACUCUUGGUACAUAACUGGACUCAAGGCCGUUGUUUUUUUAGCAGCACGUCAUCCUCAUUUUCAGUCAAAGAAGGCACAGAGUUUUAUUCAGGAUAAGCUCUACAAUAUUCUAACUAAAGCUGAAGAACUGGUGGCACCCUCAAAGGACACGAGAAAUGUGCUCUGUCAUCGGGAUACUUGGGAUCGUAAUAUUCUGUACCAUUUCGACACCGAAUCUUCAGUUCUACCCAAUGCCUGCUGCAUUGUUGAUUUCCAACUCACUCAGUACUGCUCCCCCACCCUAGAUGUUUUAUUUCUACUCUAUAUAGUAGCCUCCGCCAAAGUCAGAAAGGCGUUUUAUGAUGAGUGUCUCGAGCACUAUUACAAGUGCCUUCGGUACCACCUGGAUCGCUUGGGUUUGGACAAGGAGCUCAUAACGGAGAACAGCUUUAGAAAAGAGUGCCGAAGAACUCGCUUGGCAGCCCUUCUUAUAUGGGCCCUCACCGAGCCUCAGACCAAAAUGUCGCCCAGUAUUUCAAACAGAUUACGAUCCGAAGAACCGGAGAAGUUUGACUAUUACCUCAACUGCGAUCGGAGUGAGUUAUUGCUCAGGGUAAUCAAGAUCCAACCUGGUUACGAAGAGACUAUCAUGACGCCUGUCGGUGAGCUGGUGGAAUACCUCAUGGAGAAUGAGAAUUUAUACACUUAG